CAGAGAAAUGCAGAUACAGCAUUUGGGAGAUCUGGAUGGACCUGUGCUGUCUUUGGAUGCCGAAACAAUGGCCACUUCCGAAGGAGAAUCAGAAAGAAUGGUGAAUGAAAGAAGCCAAAACUCUGAUGGCAAAGCCAAACUUUCUGCGGUGGGAUCCCAAGAGCUGGCAAAGAGGAGCAGAGUCCAAGCAGUGUGUUUCAAAGAUAGUGGUGACAGCUAUGAAGAAUCAGAUUCUUCUGAAGAUGAAUUGAACACUUCACAAGUGGAGGUUUCUGUGCUUCAGAGGCUGGGCCUGCAUAGGGCAUCUCUGACAGAGCAAGAUGUGGAGGCAGCUUUUGCGCAUUUAGCCUUGGCUUUACGCUGCGAUAUGUUUACCCUGAGACAGCGAGUACAGAUAGAAGAACGAGCCCGGAACACAGCAGAAGAGAAUAUUCAAGAAGAGUUGGCAGAAUGUCAGGCAGUGUUGCAGAAGUUGGAUCAGGCCUGUUCGGACCCCAGGCAUAAGGAACUGGUUGAACAUUUACAGAACAGCCUAGCAAUUCUGACAAGGACAAUUGAAAGGGCAACAGGUGCUGCAGAGAAAUUAGGAGCUGUCCAUCAGGAGGCCCGCAUGAGUCGAGCUGCAGAACUGAUGGUGCAACAUGUGGAGAACCUCAAACGGCAUCACCUGAGGGAGCAUGCAGAGUUAGAGGAUAUGAAGAGGCUGAUCCAGCAGAAUUCCCGAAACUGGCAGUUAACUGAAAACAAGGAUGAUGGUGAGCAGAAACUGAAAUAUCCCUUAGCGCGAUUUUUUCAGCAGGGCUCAGCUCGGCGUCGAGUCAGCAUUGCAGUUGUACCCAGGCAGCUAACGUUCCAUAGCUCUGAAAAUGAGGAAGGCCUUAAGGGAGAAGUGGUUAAACCAUCCAUAGACAAAGAUGAAAGUCCACAAAGACAGUCCCAUUUCUCCCAAGAAGACCCUGCAGCGAAUCACCUGAUCCUGCAUCCAAGCCCUUCCAGCUUCUCAAAGCAAAGCCUUCAAAGAGCAAAGAGCAGCCAUUGUAUCAGAGAAACAAGCCAUUGUGCAGAAGGGAGAGAUUCAGAACUUAGGAGCAGAAGCCACACUAGCAAAACUCUAGAAAAUGACAAUGAGGGAUUGGAUACUGAAGAGGCAAACAAGGAAUGUGAAGAAUUGGAAGAAAAUGCUCUGCUGGUCAAAAAAUCUAAAUUGGAGAUUUGCAGAGGCUGGUUUUCUAUACCCAUAUACUACUGGGUUUCAUUAUGGAUGUUUGUCUUGGGGAUUGCUUGCCUUGUUCUAAUCUGGAUCCUGGAGCUGCAGAAGCAAUGUUCAUUUACAGCCUCUGAUUGUUAGACACAGAAGGCACAUAACUUUGCAUCAUCAGACUUA